AAAGCAUGGAGAAGAGUCAGUAUUCCACGUGCUACUGUGAAAUCUCUGGUCAAUUCGUUUGCAGUCUCAUCCCCACAUUUCUCCCUUACUUCAAUGCAUUUCUCUCUUCUUCUUCUUCAUCAACAUUUCUUUCUCUCUGCAACUUCACUUCUGAGACGUUUUUUACGGCCAAUUUCAUUCGAUUAACUAUGAUGAAGAUCGACGCCAUCACGGCUCCACUUCCUGCCGCCGACGGCAAGGUCGGCGUUGGCUUAGAUGAUGACAUGUCCGACGGGAUGCAAUGCAGCGACCAUCCUUACCGGAGCAAUCCCGGUGGAAUCUGCGCCAUCUGUCUUCAGGAGAAGCUCGGUAAGCUGGUGUCGUCUUCUCUUCCUCUUCCGAUUCGCGGUUCGUCUUCUUCUCCGUCUUCCCCUUCGAUUGGAUCUGAGAGUAAUGUUCAUGCCGGAAGCGGCGGCGCUCCGUUGUCUACGUCCUCGUCGUCAAAUGCGAUUUCGAUCGGAGGCUCUGCUUCGAAAACUGUCAAUUUCAACGUAAAUGGCGUUGUUUGUCAUUAUCAUGAUACGCGGCGGACCCGAAUCCCUUUUUUGUUAUCUAAAAAGAAGAAGAAAGUUGUUACUGUUGGGGCGGAGUAUAAUCCAAAUAACGACGUCGUUUUUAAGAGGAGUAAGUCGACGACGGCGCAGAGGCGGGGGCAGUUUCCGGUUGACGGCGACGACCGCGGCGAUUUUAGCUCCAGGAAGAGAGGGGGUUUUUGGUCAUUUCUCCAUUACCACGCGCCGUCGUCGUCCAAAUCUCAUGCGCCGAGGAAAAUGGAGAGUAAUAACAAUAAGGGCACUGGUGGUAAUUUGGGGGCAAACAGCACCAUUUUAGAGGAAGACGAGAGCCCUAACAGCCAUACGACGUCGUUUGAACGGAAGGUUUCUAGAUCCAGGUCAGUCGGCUGCGGUAGCCGGAGCUUUUCCGGCGACUUCUUCGAGAGAAUCUCUACUGGUUUCGGCGAUUGUACUCUCCGGCGAGUCGAGUCUCAGAGAGAAAGCAAAUCGUCGAAAGUCGCUACCGGUGGAAACACCAGCCACCGCAACAGCGCCGGCGUCGAACACCACUGUAUCAAAGAGAGAGUAAAAUGCGGCGGUUUAUUCAGUGGAUUCAUGAUGACUUCAUCUUCUUCCUCUUCAUCUUCCUCAUCGUACGUAGCUUCAUCCUCCGCCGAGGACCUCAACAGAAAACCAACUCCGGCAGCAGCGGCAGCAGGGCCGCUAAUAAGCAGUGGGUGGAGCAGGACCUUGACAUGGGCAUUUGCUAGUCCGAUGAGAGCAUUCAAGCCGUCAAAUUCAAAAGAUCGAAAACGGUCCAUAAUCAGACAAGCUUCAGAGAACAAUCCCACGCCGAAUUUGAACGCGAUUCCUUCACUGUUGGCCGUCAGAAGCUAAGACAAAGAAUCAAAUCCUACCAGUUUUCGUUACUCAUUUUCCGUUGGAUGAGUGGCUCAAGAUCAACGGGGAAUCAUGAGGGCUCACCAUAAACCAGGUGCGUAUAACCGCAGAGGAUUCCUACUUUCUCACAGUACGUACAGAUGAAGAGAAAGAUAUUUUGGAUUAAAUAAACUGAAUGAAUGGAAUUUGCUGUCUGUGUAGUAUCAAAUUUGUAACUUGUGAAUGCUGAAUGUAAUAUUUUCUGUUUAUUUUUCUUUUAUUAGUUUAAUAGUAUU